UCUGCCUUGAUCCUUACCCCCUCCCUGACACGACGUACCGCACCCAGAGGCCAGAAUGCAGUAUUGUAUGGUCGAGUGCCCGAGGCGUUCAUCCAUACCAGCCCUGCCUCAUGCUCGCCGCAAAACAGAGUCUGUGGGUGUAGUGGCUGCAAUGGAGUAAUAAUGGUUCUCGUCCUCACCACCCCAGACGUUGACGGACCCUUGAUAAAUGAUAUACCUCCUAGCGGUGCCCACCUUAGUCCGAUCGGAUCUGACCUUGGAUAUCAAUUCAAUUUCCUAUAUGCAAACUCAUCCGCGAGGCAACUUGUCUUAGGUGGAAACCCAAAAAUGAUUAUGUCCCUUCGGAGCAAUCUUCAACGUCUUCAAGAGUCUUGAGCCUGCAUUGAUUCACCAUUGUUCUUUGAGUCUAGUCGAUCAUGUCACAACUACCGACACUCGAUGUCGUCCUCAGCUGGCCAACUCCGGACUACGAGAACCCGCGCGAUGUGCUCGAUCCACUGGUUUGGGGAGUGGAUAUCACUUUGAUAGUUCUGACCACGAUAUUCAUCGUAUGCCGGUUCUAUUCACGAAUCAUAAUCAUUCGCAAUGCGCUGGGAAUGGACGAUUGGACCAUGUUAAUGGCAUAUGUAUGCGCGGUGGCAACUGCGAUAUUACAUAUAGUCGAGUUGGAUGUGGGCGUUGGUCGACAUCUCUACGACGUCAAGUUGGAAUGGGUACCAACCAUCGCCAAAAUGGCUGUCGCCACACAAGUUUUGUUUGGCCCAACAUCCGCGUUGACAAAGAUCUCCGUCUGCUUGACAUACCUCCGCAUAUUUCCAUCCCGCACAAAUUCACGGUUCAACUAUGUCUGUAUCGUCCUUUUGAUUGCAACCGGACUCGCCUGGGCUCUACCGCCGAUAUUCCAAUGUUGGCCUAUUAAAGACGCUUGGGACUAUUUCAAGGUCGACAGGAAAUGCAUGAAUCUUGAGCCAUUUAGUAUUGCUAUGACAGCCGUGAACGCCUUCACGGAUUGUUUGGUCUUCCUCUGGCCGGUACAUUAUCUCUGGAAGGUCAAACUGAGCCUUAAUAAGCGGGUUGGGCUGAUCCUAUCUUUCAGCCUAGGAGUCAUCGUCUGUAUAGUGAGUAUCGUUCGGAUUGGAUAUAUAGUUAAAUAUUUUGACACCUGGGACGUAACACACAUCGGCACUAUCAUCUACGUAAUUACCGACGUUGAAACUGGCCUCGGAAUCAUCUGCGGCUGCCUCCCCGGGAUCCGUCCGGCUAUGCGCAAAUGCUUCCCCGGCCUCGUGCACUCCACCGACAAUCGCAGUGGCGCACUGAAUUCCCGUCGACACACGGAUCUCACCUAUGGCGGUCCUCUCUCGUCCCACCAGAGCCACCGGGCUGGAUACCGGGACAUCCAUGUCACACGGGACGUGGAGAUGAAGGCAUCCCCAGCGCCAGUGAAGACGAGAACAUUGGGGAAUAUAAGCGACGACGAGAGCCAGGAGUGGGUUUUCCGAACCGAUAUUCAAACCGAUAUUCGGACUGACAUCCGUGGGCCUCACGGUCAUGUGUCAUGAGUUGCUUGCCCUUGGAAAAUAUUGUUUGAGGGCGUUUAGGUGCUUCGUUUUAGCGUCGUCAACUGUACAAAGGCGCGUGCUGUGGACUUGGGACGUGGCGGAAAACUUGGCGUUCCACCCAAGGGUUCUGAUGAAAAGGCCCUCAUGAUCCGGGGAGAAUCUAGGCUCCAGGAUCUUUUCAUGACCGACCAGGCAAUCGUGUCGUCAUGAGUUCACAGGACAAGUGGGAGUUGGUAGGUGACUUGAAGGAUUCGAUUGUACAGAGAGAUCGCUGGCCUAGCACAUCAAGCUGCAGGCCGGCGAAAAAAUGUACAUGAGCAUCUUGGGUUGGACGAACUACUGAUGAUCCUGAAUGGAACUUGGAAUAUUACCACUUGUAAAUUUUAGACAACAAUGCCU